AAAGGCUAAGAAGCAUCUAAAUAAAAUCCGACAUGGCCGGCGGCGGGUUCAGCAGGUCCGACAGCAUCGCCGACAUGAUGCCGGAGGCGCUGCGGCGGAGCCGCUACCACAUGAAGCGCUGCUUCCAGAGGUACGUGGCCAGGGGAAGCGGGCUGAUGAAGAGGCAGCAGCUGCUGGAGGAGCUGCACCGGUCGGCCGACGACAAGCUCGACGACAUCGCCGACGAGGGCUUGCUCGGCUACGUCAUCUCCUCCACGCACGAGGCCGUCGUGCUCCCUCCCCACGUCAACUUCGCCGUCAGGACCAACCCGGGCAUCUGGGAGUACAUCAAGGUCCACUCCGGCGACCUGACCGUGGAGCAGAUCACGCCAUCCCAAUACCUAAAGUGCAAGGAGAUCCUACACGACCACCAAUGGGCGCAUGACGACAACUCCCUUGAGGUGGAUUUCGGUGCCCUGGACGACCUCUCCACGCCUCGCCUCACGCUGCCUUCCUCCAUCGGCAACGGGAUGCACUUGGUCUCCAGGUUCAUGUCUUCCAAGCUUGCCGCCGCCACGGGAGGCAUGAAGCCGCUGCUCCACUACCUGCUCGCGCUCACCCACCGGGGCCACAACCUCAUGGUCAAUGGCACCCUCAUCGACACCGUCACCAAGCUCCAGACAGCGCUGCUCCUCGCCGAGGUCUUCCUCACCGGCCUGCACGGCAACACGCCAUACCAAAAGUUUGAGCACAAGUUCCAGGAAUGGGGGCUGGACAGAGGAUGGGGCGCCACCGCGGAGGCGUGCAGAGAGACCAUCACCUACCUCUCCGAGGUGCUCCAGGCACCGGACCCAACCAACAUGGACAGGUUCUUCAGCAGGGUGCCGUCGGUCUUCAACAUCGUCAUCUUCUCCAUUCAUGGAUACUUCGGCCAGGACAAGGUCCUGGGGAUGCCAGACACCGGCGGCCAGGUCGUCUACAUCCUGGACCAAGUCAGAGCACUCGAAGACGAGCUCCUCCAAAGAAUCAAGCAACAGGGCCUCCUGGAUCUCGCGCCUAGGAUUCUUGUGCUAACAAGGCUCAUACCAGAAGCCAAGGCCACCAAAUGCAACGUCGAGCUUGAACCCAUCCACAACACAAGGCACUCCACCAUCCUCCGUGUGCCAUUCAAGACUGAAGACGGCAAGGAUCUGCCCCACUGGGUCUCCCGGUUCGACAUUUAUCCUUACCUGGAGAGAUACGCCGAGGAUUCUUGUGCCAAGAUCCUUGACAUGUUGCAGGGAAAACCAGACUUGGUCAUCGGCAACUACACUGAUGGCAACUUAGUAGCAUCCCUCGUGUCAAGGAAACUAGGAGUCACCCAGGGGACGAUCGCUCAUGCUCUUGAGAAGACAAAGUAUGAGGACUCGGAUGUCAAGUGGAGAGAAAUGGACCAUAAGUACCAUUUCUCCUGCCAAUUUACUGCUGAUAUGAUUGCCAUGAACACCAGCGACUUCAUCAUCGCUAGCACCUACCAAGAAAUAGCCGGAAGCAAAGACAAGCCUGGCCAGUAUGAGAGCCACUACGCGUUCACAAUGCCAGGGCUCUGCCGCUUUGCUACAGGCAUAAAUGUCUUCGACCCCAAGUUCAAUAUUGCUGCCCCUGGUGCUGACCAGUCUGUUUAUUUCCCAUUCACACUAAAGCAUGAGCGCCUCACAGACUUGCACCCGCAGAUUGAGGAGCUAGUCUACAGCAAAGAGGAGAAUGACGAGCACAUAGGCUACUUGGAAGACAGGAGCAAGCAGGUCAUAUUUUCAAUGGCAAGGCUCGACAAGGUGAAGAACAUCACUGGGCUGGUUGAAUGGUAUGGUCAGAACAAGAGGCUCAGGGACCUUGUCAACCUUGUAGUUGUGGGCGGCCUCCUUAAUCCCUCGCAGUCUAAGGACAGGGAGGAGAUUGAGGAGAUAAACAAGAUGCGUAGUUUGAUCAACAAGUACCAGCUGAAGGGGCAAAUUCGCUGGAUAAAAGCCCAGACGGACCGUGUGCGCAAUGGGGAACUUUACCGUUGCAUAGCAGAUACCAAGGGAGCCUUUGUUCAGCCUGCACUCUAUGAAGCAUUCGGAUUAACUGUCAUCGAGGCAAUGAACUGCGGGCUGCCAACCUUCGCAACAAAUCAGGGAGGCCCCGCAGAGAUCAUCGUCAAUGAGGUCUCGGGUUUCCAUAUCAAUCCACUUGAUGGCAAAGAGGCAAGCAACAGGAUUGCUGACUUCUUUCAGAAAUGCAAGGAAGAUCCCAUGUACUGGAACAAAAUGUCCACUGCUGGACUGCAGCGCAUCUAUGAAUGCUACACAUGGCAGAUCUAUGCAACCAAAGUUCUGAACAUGGCGUCAAUGUAUGGCUUCUGGAGGACUAUGGACAAAGGAGAGAGACAGGCCAAACAGCGCUACCUACAGAUGUUCUACAACCUUCAGUUUCGGAAGCUGGCAAAGACUGUGCCGGAAGUGGGCGAACGACCGGAGCAACCUGCGGCAGCCGCAGCGCCAGAUAGAUUGGUAUCAAGGCCAAAAGAAAGAAAGACGCAGAUAAGGAUCCAGAGGAUUGCGAGCAGCUUACUUGGACCAGUGCUCCCGGCCUCCCAUACCUCCGACGCUGCAUGAAGUGCCAAAAACCAGAUGUGUACCCGAGCUACAAUGUGUUUCCUCAUUUUUCUCAUGCCUGUUAUUGAUUUGGGAAAGAUGUAAAUGAAAAAUAAGCACAUUAAUAAAAUCACGGCUUUCCAUGA